ACAAACGCAUCCUCAACCCUUCUCGGCUUCUCGCUGCUCUUUCCCUCGCCCCGCUUUAGCUCUCGCGCUAGUUUCCACAUUCGCUCGGCGGACCAUCCCUCUAGGGUUUCGGAGGCAGGGAUUGAAUCAGUGAUCGGAAAUCUUCUGGCGGUGUUCGAACUGCUGAGGUGAGUUGUAAACGAGGUUGUGUGUUGUGUUUUGUAGUUUAAGAUGGUGGGAAGCAUUGAAGACGCGAAACCCAUUUCUGCUUCUCCAGUGCCAAUUGCCUCCUCUCUUGUGGGGCAAAAUGAAAGUAAAGAGAGCACAAUUGGUGGUCGCAGAAAGAGAGGGCGGCCAAAGAAGCAGGCUGCUCCUCCGGUUGUGUCACAGAAGGCAACCAAAAGAGAUGAGAAUUUAUGUAAUGAUGUAAACAUGAGUGAUGGUGGAAAUGUGGAAACCUUAGUUCCUCAUCAUGUCGAUGAGAGUUCUAUUGCUGGUCGCAGAAAGGCACUUGGUCGAUCAAGGAAGAGAGCAGCAGAUGCCAUAAAGGAUCAAGUGGAACUAUGUUCAGCUAUUCCCUUAGCCUCCUUGAAUCCUGUAUCUGAAAACUGUGGGACCUCAGAUAUCACAGGAGUGAAGGAUAAUUUUGUCAAAGAAGGCAACUCAGAUGGUCAUUGUCGUAAUUCUGUGAGUAGACCUAGGAAGCAAGACAUUGUGAAGUGUGAUCAAAACGACCAUUUGAGUGGUGCUGCUACAAAGGAUGGAGAGCCUGAUGAUGCUGAAGCUAAGAGUGAUCACAUGAAGGUGAAGGAUACUUUGAGGUUGUUCAAUAAGCAUUAUCUCCAUUUUGUUCAGGAGGAAGAGAGGCGAUACAAGGAGGUGGAGGCAACACUUUCAAAAGCUUCAAAUGCUGUGAAAGUAAAGCCAAAAGGGGAAAACAAGAAAGUUGUAAAUGCCAGCCCCAAGGCUUCUAAGUCAUCUAAAGCACAAAAAUCUAAGGCAGAGGAUGGUAAUGAGGAAAUUGUGAAACGAGCUUCAAAACGACCAGAUCUUAAGGCAAUUUCAAAGAUGAUUGAGGAUCAAACAGUUCUUAACCAUCAAAAGAGGAUUGGUUCUAUCCCUGGUGUUGAUGUUGGACAGCAAUUCUUUUCACGGGCUGAAAUGGUUGUCUUAGGGUUACAUGGUCAUUGGCUCAAUGGAAUAGAUUAUAUGGGCCAAGGUUACAGCAAAUUGGAGAUGUACAAGCACCUCACCUUCCCAGUUGCUGUAUGCAUUGUUUUGUCUGGGAUGUAUGAGGAUGACACUGACAAUGCAGAUGAGGUUGUUUAUACUGGACAGGGUGGGCAUGAUUUGCUUGGCAGCAAGCAUCAAAUAAGCGACCAGAAGAUGGCUCGUGGUAAUCUGGCAUUGAAGAACAAUGCAGAUACUGGAGUGCCGGUUAGAGUUGUUCGUGGACAUGAAUCUACAAAUAGUUAUUGUGGGAAAGUUUAUACAUAUGAUGGUCUAUACCAGGUUAUUAAGUGGUGGGGAGAGAAAGGUGUCUCGGGAUUCACUGUAUUCAAAUAUAAAUUGAGGCGGCUUGAUGGUCAACCUAAUUUAACCACCAAACAGGUUCAUUUUGCUAGAGCUCAGGCACCGCGAUCCAUUUCAGAAUUACGUGGGUUGGUUUCUGAAGAUAUUAGUGAUGGCCAGGAAAAUUUACCGAUCCCUGCUACCAAUGAGGUGGAUGAUCCUCCUUUUGCUCCUAAAGGCUUUGUGUACAGUAAAGCAAUGCGGACAGCUAAAGAUUUGAAGAUCCCUUCAGAUGCUGUUGGCUGCGACUGUGUUGGUGACUGUGUUGAUCUACGGAAAUGUGCCUGUGCUGGUUUGAAUGGUUUUGAUUUUCCAUAUGUUCGGAAAGAUGGUGGCAGGUUGGUGGAGGCCAAAGAUGUUGUAUUUGAAUGUGGUCCGAACUGUAGUUGCAAUUGUAGCUGUGUAAACAGAAUAUCUCAGCGGGGGCUGAAGUAUCGUUUGGAGGUAUAUCGAACACCAAAGAAGGGCUGGGCUGUUAGAUCUUGGGAUACCAUACCUUCUGGCGCACCUGUAUGUGAGUACAUAGGUGUACUUGAAAGGAGUGAUGAAGUGGACAGUGUUUCUGAAAACAGUUACAUUUUCGACAUAGAUUGCUUACAAACAAUGAAAGGCCUUGACGGCAGAGAGAGACGUCGUGGAGCCUUGGCUUCGCUCUCAAACAUUGAUGAUAAGCAGUCAGAUGUCCCAGAAUACUGUAUUAAUGCAGGCUCAGUGGGUAAUGUUGCUAGGUUUAUUAACCAUAGUUGCGAGCCAAACCUCUUCGUUCAGUGUGUUUUGAGCUCACAUCAUGACUUCAAAAUGGCGAGGGUGGUGUUGUUUGCUGCAGAUACAAUACCUCCCUUGCAGGAGCUCACAUACGAUUAUGGCUAUGCAUUGGACAGUGUUGUAGGACCAGAUGGAAAAGUUAAAACUCUUAACUGCUAUUGUGGGGCGACAGGAUGCAAGAAAAGAUUAUACUGAUUGUCAAAUUUGAUGAUUGGUGUAUUUUAAUUUGUUCAGAUGGGAUGGGGCAAUUGUUAUAGUUGUAAUUUUUCUUUGAAUAGAGACGGUUAAAGUUCUCCCCUGGCAUUUUAGCAAACAUGUAAUGUUUGGUUUUGUCAUAAGAGUGUUGUUUACUAAAUGUAUGUAAAAAUAUGAACUAGAUUUAGUUUACUAAAUCUAAAUUUUGUUUUUUUUGUUUUUUUAAAGAGAUACUCAACUGAUGUCAGAUGACUAUCUUUUUAAAACUGAAUGCUAUGACAAUGUGCCUUGUCAUUUUGUUU